AUGGAAAUCCCGGUGUUCGCACCGGCUGAGCUGACCAGCAGACCGGCCAUCACAUGGGGCCAGACGGAGGAGACCAUCACUCUGUCGGUGCCAUUGCCACCAGCGUCAAGGCCAUGCGUCAGCUUCAAGCCUCGGCGGGUGGUCAUAACUACCAAGCCCUCGGCGGCCUCGGCCUGUGGUGAGAGGACUGAUGCUCCCGCAGAAGAACCGCUAUUGGACACUGAGCUCUUUGGCGAGGUGUCCACGCAGGAUUGGACCUGCAAAUGGAGCAACAUCUUGACGAGGGCUGGAUGCAUUGCACGGCAGGAGAGCUUUUGGAGCUUCGGCGAUGGAGUCCUUGUCGUUGAGUUGGCGAAAAAAGCGUGUGAAGGCAAUAUGCCAUGGUGGCCCUCGGCUGUGCCCAAUGGGCAGCAAGGCCCUUCGAAAGCUGGAGGGCCAGCUCUGCAGAAGCUGGAUGCCAAAAUCGGCGAGCAAGUCGUGAAACCCGUGGAUUUCGAAGGCAGAAGCCGCUUUCGAUGGUGA